AUGGCCUCGACUCCUAUAAUUCGUCCGCGUCCUACAGCGGAGCUCUUCGCACGCUACGCUUUCACAGAGACAAUCGGCCAGGGCCAUUUCGGAAAGGUGUGGCGCUGCCUCGACCGCACGACGGGCGAGGCGCUCGCGUGCAAGCAAGUGCGCAAGACCGGCCUUUCCGAGAAUGACCUAGCCGACCUCGAGCGCGAAAUCUCCGCAAUGCAGCUGUUGCAGGGGCACCGCCACGUCCUCGCUCUGCGUGGGCUUUUCGAGGAUACUAAUAACGUGUACAUGAUCACGGACCUGUGCACGGGAGGCGAUUUGUUCGACUUAAUCGCGCGCACGGGCGGGCUCGACGAAGACACCGCGGCGCGGCUUUUCGCGCAGAUCGCGCAGGGCGUGCGAUGGUGCCACGUGCACCGCGUCGUGCAUCGCGACAUCAAGCCCGAGAACAUCCUCCUCGCUAAAUCGUCGUCGACGUCCGCGCCGUACGAGGCGCCCGAGGUGCUCGCACGACAGCCGUACGAUUUCAGCGCCGACAUCUGGUCGCUCGGCGUGCUCCUCUACUCCAUGCUCGCCGCUGGAUGGCCCUCGUUCCCCAACAACCGCCGCCAACUGCGCCCAGCCGUCGAUUUUGCCGACGCGCCGUGGCAAACUGUCUCUCGCGAGGCGAAAGAUCUCAUCCGUCGGAUGCUCACCCAAGACCAGUUCGAACGGUUGGAUAUCCACGGCGUGCUGCAGCACCCCUGGCUCGCGUCGCGCCUCGCCGCCAUCAGCCAGAAGCGCAGAAUCUCCGCCGCAUCCCCCGCCACAAAAACCGCCGUCCCCGCCGCCGUUCCGGCGCCGCAGAAAUCGGCGCAAAAGCCCCCGCACCAGCCGCGAGAGGUGGAGCGCGAAGCGCGGGAGGAGUUAAAACACCUGAAGCAGCAACACAGGUCGUUGUGUUCCUUCGAUUCGGACAAGUCAGUCGACUUCGAUAACCACGAAUCGCUCCUCCCCGCUCUCCUGCCCGUGCCGACCGACGCAAGCUUCGCCAGGGAGUCGUGCGGAAAUGCCGCUGAGGAAUGCGACGCGCGGAACCCUAAAUCGCGCCUUCCGCCCACCUCCGCCGCCGCUUCCGUCCGCAGAGCCGGCAACGACAGCCGCGAAAGCAGCACGUCUAGCUUCGACUUCGUUCCGUCGCAUUCGUCGUUCUCGACUGCGUCGUCUGCAUCGUCCGCGUCGUCCGUCGCGGAGAUCGCGCAGACUACUGGUGCCGCGACAUGCAAGAAUUGCCCCGCUUCACAUGUUCCGGGCGUCGACUUGCUAGUUGCCUAA